CCCCAAACUUCAGUGGUUAUUGAUUGAUUACCACAGGGAGAGUUGAAAUACAGUGGAGAAGAGAAGAGUGCAUGCCACCCAAGGAGGGCAGAGAAACUUCGUCCUUGCUAAAGAAGUCUGGAAGAAGCUAUGUGGAGCUAGGGUUAAAGAGCAGGAAUCAGUCAGGCCUGGUGCAGUGGCCAAUCAGCCCGAGCAGUGGCUCCCCUGUACACCAUGCAUAGGAGUGGAUACCUGCUGGAGACCAGGGAACAAAGUCCUAUAAUAAAUUUCCCUGGCAGAGAGGACUUCAGCCACUUCCUCCUUCCUCUCUUUCUUUUCUUCCUUCUCCACCAGCACACACUGACAAGAGAAAUCCUUUAGCAUCAAAUCUCCACCACCCUAGAUUUCCUCUUCUGUUCUCUCAGGGCUGUGGAGGUGAAGAAGGAGAGAGACCCCUGAUGUCAGGUAGAAAUCAAGGUCUGCCUUUCUGACAGACAGGCUACAUGUGGAUGGUUGGCCCAAGAUGGCAGUUUUCAAACAGGGUGAUCAUGUAUGGGUCAGUUUGUUCUCCAACAAAGAAAAUGGUGUCCCUAUUGGUGCAGUUGUGAAGGAUAACACCUACCCUAAUAAAAUCUUGAUACAAGAUGAUGAGGGAAAGGAACGCUGGAUUGAAGCUCAGAACUUCAAAUCUCUCCAACCCAUGCAUCCCAGUUCAGUUCAAGGGGUGGAAGACAUGAUCCUUCUGGGGGACCUGAAUGAAGCUGGUUUGGUGCAUAACCUUCUCAUUCGCUACCAGAAGAACAAAAUCUAUACGUACACAGGCGCGAUUUUGGUGGCCGUGAACCCCUAUCAGGUACUGCCCAUCUACACUAUGGACCAGAUCCAGCUAUACCACAACCAGCGGGUAGGGCAGUUGCCCCCGCAUGUCUUCGCCAUCGCAGACAGCUGCUACUUCGACAUGAAGAAAAACAAGCGAGACCAGAGCUGCAUCAUCAGUGGUGAGUCAGGAGCUGGGAAGACAGAGACCACCAAGCUGAUACUUCAGUUCUUAGCCAUCAUUAGUGGCCAGCAUUCUUCGAUCGAACAGCAGGUCCUGGAAGCCAACCCCAUUCUGGAAGCCUUUGGAAAUGCCAAGACAGUUCGAAACGACAACUCAAGCCGCUUUGGAAAAUACAUUGAAAUCCACUUCAACCAAAAUGGAGUGAUUGAAGGAGCCCAGAUAGAGCACUUUCUUCUGGAGAAGUCCCGGGUCUGCCGGCAGGCUCCUGAAGAGAGGAACUACCACAUUUUUUAUUGCAUGUUAAUGGGGAUGAAUGAGGAGCAAAAGAAGCUACUGAGCUUGGGCACAGUCUCAGAAUACAAGUACCUCACCAUGGGGAACUGCAUGUCUUGUGAGGGGCGCAAUGACGUCAAGGAUUAUGCCUCUCUCCGUUCUGCUAUGAAGGUUCUUAUGUUCUCUGAUUCUGAAAACUGGAACAUUAGUAAAUUGUUGGCAUCUAUUCUUCACCUGGGCAAUGUGGAGUUUUCAGCUGCUGUUUCUGAUAAUCUGGACUGCUCUGAUGUCAUGCCAACCUCACAUUUUCUGGCUGCAGUUAAGUUAUUGGAGGUGAAGAACAUGGAGCUUCAGAGCUGUCUGACCAAUCACUACAUCAUCAUCCGAGGGGAAGGUGUGUCUAGACCUCUGAACAUCCUCCAGGCCAGUGACAGGCGAGAUGCUUUUGUCAAGGGAAUAUAUGGACACCUCUUCCUAUGGAUAGUGAAUAAGAUCAAUUCUGCAAUCUUCAAUAAACCCUCCCAAGACCCUCAGAAUGUGCGCAGGUCCAUUGGCCUCCUGGAUAUAUUUGGCUUUGAAAACUUUCAUACAAAUAGCUUUGAGCAGCUCUGCAUCAACUUUGCCAAUGAGCAUCUCCAACAAUUCUUUGUCCGCCAUGUCUUCACAAUGGAGCAGGAAGAGUAUCAUAGAGAGAACAUCACCUGGAACUAUAUCCACUUCAAUGACAACCGGCCCAUCCUAGACCUACUAGCUCUCAAACCAAUGAACAUUAUCUCAUUGCUGGAUGAAGAGAGCAAAUUCCCCAAGGGCACAGAUGCUACCCUGUUACAAAAAAUGAACCAUCUCCACAGCAACAGCAAAAUAUAUGUGGCACCCAAGAACAUUCAUGACACGAAAUUUGGCAUUGUUCAUUUUGCUGGUUUGGUUCAUUAUCAGGCUGAAGGUUUCUUGGAGAAGAAUCGUGAUGUUCUGAGCACUGAUAUUAUCAAGCUGAUAUACUCAUCUAAAAAUAAUUUCCUGAGACAAAUUUUCCAGCUGGAACUAUCUGAGACCAAGCUAGGCCGUGGGACCAUCCGUCAGGCGACGUUCCCAGACACCCUCUCUAAGAACGCUGAUGCCACCAAACGCCCCCCUACUCUUGCAAGUCAGUUCAAGCAGUCCCUGGAUCAACUUUUGAAAAUCCUGAACAACUGCCAACCCUACUUUAUCCGCUGUAUCAAACCCAACGAAUUCAAGAAACCACUGAUCUUCGAUCGGGAGCUGUGCAUCCAGCAGCUCCGGUAUUCGGGCAUGAUGGAGACGGUGAAGAUCAGGAAGGCCGGCUAUCCCAUCCGGUACACUUUUGAAGACUUCUUCCAGAGGUACAAGACGCUCCUGCCCGCGGAUGCUCACGUUCAGCUGAAGGACAAACCUCGCGAGGGUGCUCGGCGCAUCUCGGAAACCUGGCUCAGGAAAGAUAAAGACUGGAAAAUGGGGAAGACCAAGAUCUUCCUGAAGGAACAACAGGAUACCCUGUUGGAGGUACAGCGGAGACAAGCACUGUAUAAGAAUGCUGUCAUCAUACAGAAAGUCAUUCGAGGAUACAAGUACAGGAAGGAAUUUCUGAGUCAGAAGCGAGCAGCUGUGACCCUUCAGGCAAUGUGGAGAGGUUAUGCCUGCAGAAAGAAUUACAAGUUGAUCGUCUUGGGCUUUGAGAGGCUACAGGCUAUGUUUCGGGGGCACCAACUGUCACGGCAGUAUAAGGCCACGCGGGCCCAGGUUAUCCAGCUCCAGGCGCUUUGCCGCGGCUAUCUGAUUCGCCGGAAGGUUGCAGAGAAGAGGCGGGCAGUGGUGGUGAUCCAGGCGCACCUAAGGGGAAUGGUUGCCCGCCGAAGCUUCAGGCGGAGAAAAAGAGAGGAGUGCCGGCCUGCCCUGGAGACAGAAGGAGAGAGCAGGAAGAAGCACGCGGCCCCGCCGCCCAGGAAGCGCCAGUCCAUCUAUGACCCUGUCAGUGACACGGAAAUGGUGGAGCAGGUGUUCGGCUUCCUCCCCAUGAUCAUCGGCGGCCAGGAGGGCCAGGCCCCGCAGGGCUUUGAGGAUCUGGAAAGCACCCCCCAGAAGCUGACCGAGGUGGACCUGGACGCCGUCCCCAUGUCCGAGGAGCCCGAGGAGGACGCCGAGGACCCGGACGAGUACACCUUCCCCAAAUUCGCCGCUACCUACUUCCAGAAGGCUGCCAGCCACACCCACAUCCGCCGGCCCCUGCGCCACCCGUUGCUUUACCUGGAGGAGGACGAGGACUUCAGGAUUGCCCUGCUCGUGUGGAAGAUCAUCCUGAGAUUCAUGGGCGAAUUCCCCGAACCCCAGCUGUUUGCCAAGAACAGCAGCCUCCAGGGCACGGCAGUGACCAGGCAGAUCCAAGACACUCUGGGCAAGAAGAACAGCGCCCACUUUCUGAAGGCUGGCGAGCAGAAUUCUACUUGGAGGAACAAGGGCACCAGAGACAUUUCCUCCAUGAAACUGAAGCGUUCGUCCAGGUUGACAGGACAGGUGGCGAGGAAGCUGAGCAGUGGAGAGGAGGCCUUUGAGGAAGAAAGUCCCGUCACAGAACGGCCUAUGACAAACCUAGAGAAGGUCCACUUUAUCAUCAGAAAUGCCAUCCAACGGCCCAACAUCAGAGAUGAGAUCUACUGCCAGAUCUGCAAGCAGCUGUCUGAGAACUAUAACAAGAGCAGUUUUGCAAGAGGCUGGAUUCUGCUGUGCCUUUGCCUUGGCUGCUUCCCUCCUUCGGAGAAGUUUAUGAAGUACCUGCUCAACUUCAUCAGCAAAGGGCCCACGGGCUACAGAGCCUUCUGCAGCGAGCGCCUGAGGCGGACCUAUGCCAACGGAGUGAGGAGCGAGCCCCCCAAUUCCCUGGAGCUCCAGGCUGUCAAGUCCAAGACUCGUAUUCUUUUCAACGUCACCCUGAUGAAUGGGGAAAGCCUGACGCUUACGGCCGACUCUGCCUCUUCGUCCAGGGAGGCCUGCCAACAUAUUGCUGAUAAACUGCAUUUGAAGGAUCUCUUUGGGUUUUCCCUCUACAUCGCCAUAUAUGACAAGGUCUGGUCAUUAGGUGGAGGCCAUGAUCAUUUGAUGGAUGCCAUCUCCCAGUGUGAACAGCUGACCAAGGAGAAGGGUGAGAGUGAGCGCCAGUCCCCUUGGCGCUUCUUCUUUCUAAAAGAAAUCUUCACUCCAUGGCAUGACUCCAAGCAGGAUCCUGUCAGCACAGAACUCAUUUAUCACCAGGUUAUCCGAGGGUUCCGGUAUGGAGAGUACCGCUUUGAGAAGGAGGAGGACCUGGUGGAGGUAGUAGCCAAACACUGCUACAUUGAGUUUGGGAGCUCCAUCCAGAACAGCGAUAUCCAGAAGACUCUUUCGACCUGCAUCCCUGGGAAAGUGCUCAAGACAAAGCCACAGGGACAGUGGGUCAGCCUUGUAACUGCAGCCUGUGCCAAGGCUUCCUACAUACAAAAUCGCUCCUCUCCACUGUUGGUAAAGGAACAAAUUGUGGAUAUGGUUUGUUUUCAGUGGCCUCUACUAUUUUCCAAGUUUUAUGAAGUUACCAACAUUUCAGGGCCCAGCCUGCCUAAGACUGAACUGAUUGUGGCCAUUAACUGGAAAGGUCUCUGCUUCCUCGACAAAUCAGAGAAGAAACUUUUGGAUCUGUCUUUCCCUGAGAUUACUGGCAUAGCCACCAACAGGGCAUUCCAGGUGUUGAAGCAGAAUUUUAUACUAUCUACCCUGAAGGCAGAGGAGUAUGUGUUUAUCUCCAGUGAGAGUGUGGCCAUCGCAGAGCUGGUGGCCAUGUUCCUGGAGGGUCUGAAGAAGAGAUCCAUAUAUGCUAUGGCCAUGAGAGAUAAGAAAUCUACAGAUGACCCUACCGUCCUGGCCCAUAAGAAAGGAGACUUGUUAAUCCUGAUCAAGAGCAAUGGGACAGUGUCCAGUGACAAAUGGAUCCCGGCCCACAAUGACAGGACGGACAAGACCGGAGAAGUAUAUGUUGAGAGCAUCUAUAUCAUCCCCACUGUAAUGAAGCCUACCCCAGAGAUGAUGACCCUGUUGGCCAUGUCCCCUGAGGAUCGGAAGCUGGCCAUCCAGAACGCACAGCCAGAAGAACCUGCCGAAGAGCCCAAGGAAAAGCCAUACACGCUAGAAGAGUACUCCUAUGAGCACUUCAGGCUCCCUGAAAAGGAGACUCUCAACAAAGCCAUGUUCCCCAAGGGCCGAGGUAAGAGCCAGCUGUGGGAGCAUUCCCGGGAGCCCCUCCGACAGCCACUACUGAAGAGAGUCCACGCCAACGUGGACUUUAGAGAUAUCGCCUGCCAGAUCUUUACUGCCAUCCUGAAGUACAUGGGAGACUACCCGUCCAAACAGGCCCGGGACCCUGUGGAGCUCACCGAUCAGAUCUUCCUGGCCCCCCUUGAGGAGGCCACUCUGCGGGACGAAGUGUACUGCCAGAUCAUGAAGCAGUUGACAAGCAACCGCAACAGUUACAGCUUGGAACGUGGCUGGCAGCUGCUCUGGCUCUGCACUGGCCUCUUCCCGCCUAGUAAGACGCUGCUGCCGCACACCCAGAAGUUCAUUGAGACCAGGAGGAAGAAGCAGCAACUUGCCCCUGACUGCAGCAGAAGGAUUCAGAGGGUGAUGAGGAUCAGCCCCCGGAAGCAUCCCCCUCACCACGUGGAGGUGGAGGCCAUUCAGCAAAACAUCACCAGGAUCUGUCACAAGGUUUACUUCCCCAAUGACACGAAUGAGGUAUUUGAAGUGGGGACCAACACCAAGGUUCAGGACCUGUGUCAGAACAUCAGCACUCACCUGCAGCUAAACUCCUGGGAGGGUUGUAGCCUGUUUGUCAAGAUUUCAGACAAGGUCAUCAGCCAAAAAGAAACAGACUUCUUCUUUGACUCCUUAAGGCAGGUGUCUGACUGGAUAAGAAAGACCAAACCCACAAAAGAAGGAGCAGCAACAGUAACCCUGACUUACCAUGUGUACUUCAUGAGAAAACUCUGGCUGAACGUCUUCCCUGGAAAAGACUUGAAUGCCGACGUCAUCCUUCACUAUCAUCAGGAACUGCCCAAGUACCUGCGAGGAUUCCACAAGUGCACCAGGGAGGAUGCCAUCCAGCUCGCAGGCCUCAUCUACAAGGUCCGGUUUGACAAUGACAGGUCCCAGCUAGCCACUGUCUCCAAGAUCCUGAAGGACCUUGUGCCUGAGAAUCUGAUCCGAUCAAUGUCUUCGGAGGAGUGGAAAAAGAAUAUCUUUGCUGCUUAUAGUAACUCUGAAAAGAAGACAGUGGAUGAAGCCAAGGUGGCCUUCCUGAAGAUGAUUUACCGGUGGCCCACUUUUGGCUCAGCCUUCUUUGAGGUGAAGCAAAGCUCAGAGCCCGCUUACCCAGACAUCAUCCUCAUUGCCAUCAACAAGCGCGGACUGCAGCUCAUCCACCCCAAGACCAAGGAGGUCCUUCACACCUACCCCUUCAGCAAAAUCUCCAGCUGGAGCAGUGGGAGCACCUACUUCCACCUGGUGCUCGGGAAUCUCAUGAAGGGGAGCCGGCUGCUGUGCGAGACGUCCCUGGGCUAUAAGAUGGAUGACCUGCUGACCUCCUACGUGCAGCUGCUCAUGAGUGCGGUAUCCAAGCAGAACUCUCGGACCUCGGACUGAGAUGGACGUGGGCCCAGGCACACCAGCCCUCCGUGCAAGCCUCGCUCGUUGGACAGGGAGUGUCAUCCCCGCAGAGAAACCCAAGUUCCUCAUCACGGGAGGUCCUGCCCCGGGCAGAGCCUGAGCGGGGGGGCAGCACACGGUGAAGCCUGACCUGAGAUGGAGCCUGAGGGGGGAGAUGGAAUGACCAGGGAAAGAAGCUGCCUGGGGGAUGAGGGAGAGACAGCUACGGCCCACUCGUGCGUCCCGGGAGCCAGGCUGGUGCCAGGGAGGUGCCUGCCAUCUGGGAACUUCCUAGGACCUCUCAGAAAGCCCAAAAUAUGACCCUCCCUGUUACACCCGAUUGUAUCCCAAGGGUGCCCAUUUCUCUUGGGGGCAUGACCAGCUCUCGAGGCACCGCCACUUACGUCCUCAGCUUCAUCCUCAAUUCUUUCUUCUCAUGUAUUCCCUUUAUCCAAUUAGGCACCACGACGUGUUGAUUUUUCCUCCACAAUUUGCCUCUCAUUUAUCCACCUCACUAUAUUCAAGUAUUCAUAACCUCCCAAAAUAACUUCCUGGGCCCACCUUCAUUGAGCACCAGGUCUAGAGGUGGGAGGUCCUAGGUGCAAAUCUAGCCUCAGACACUUCCCAGCUGUGUGACCCUGGGCAAGUCACUUAACCUCCAUUCCCUAGCCCUUACCACUCUUCUGCCUUGGAAGCAAACCUUAGUAUUGAUUCUAUGAGAGAAGGUAAGGGUUCUAAAAAGAAGAGGGGGGGGCUUCCCAAAAGGACUCCCUGUUUCUAGACUCUUCCCCCUUCCAAUCUGUCUUCCCCACUGCUGCCAUAAUAAUUUUCCUGAAGCACAGCUCUAACUACUUCAUUCUCUUGAUCAGCACUCUUCAGUGGCUCUAGGAUAAAAGUACCAACUCCCACUUAAUAUUUAAAGCCGUGUUGGCAAAGGCAUGGCACGCAUGCCCCAGCAAGCCGGAUGGGGCUGCUUGGUUCCCGUCUCCUCUGCGCCUGAGGACAGUGUCCACCCCUCCAUCCAACCACCCAAAGCGAGCACUUCCUCCCUCUACUCUCUGGGGAAAUGCGAGGGUUCACAGGCAGUGUGAGGGUGCACCCAAUCUCAAAAAGGCUUGCCAACACCGAUUAAAAACCUUUCACAGUCUGGCUCCAGCCUAUCUUUUCAGACAUUUCACAUUACUUCCCUUUUACACUCUAUGUUCCCUUAGCUUAGAAUGCUUUCACCCACCUCCAUGCCUUUCUUUGCCUGGGCUGUCCCAUCAUCCUCAUUCCCCACUCCCAGAAUCUUGAUAAGGUUCAAUAUAAGAGCAUUCCUAAUGGAGGCAUUUCCUCCUUCCCCUACCAGUAGAUAGUUCACUCUCUCCUCUGUCUUGUAUUUGCUUAUCUAUAUGAAUAUUGUUUGCCCCUGCAGAAUGGAGUCUCCUUGAGAGUGGGAACUGGUUGUCAUUUUGUCUUUGUAUCUCAAAGACCUAACUGUGCCUUCAUGCUGUAGGUACUUAGUGCCUAAUUGAAUUAAAUUUAAAUAAACUCA